AUGAGUGAAAAGCGAGAAUGGACGAACGAAGCUUGGAAAAAUGACAAUAACGUAGGAAAAAUGAAACCCAACGACACCAAUUUCUCUGAAUACGACAUUUUGAGGAAAAGCUCAGUUCAAUUGGAUUUGCCAAGUUACUCAGAAGUUUGUUAUAACAGUGGAGAUGACUUGGAGAAGGGUUUGUUUACACCUAUUCCUCCUACCUAUAAACAACUUCAACUGAGUAAUACAGACGAAUCUGAUGAUAAUCAAGUCCAUACGAAUGAAGUGCAUGGACGCAUGGCAGAACCCGUGCCAGACAGAUCAUGGGGGAAGCUGUAUCCUCGAUUGCAUCUGCAUGCCGAGUUUAUAAAGGAUUCAUCUUUGUCUAAGGAAAUUGCUUUACCUUUGCUUGGUGGAUUGAUUUUAGUCUUAUUUUUUAUUUCCGCUGUUUUGAUUUCUCUUGUAUUGGACAUCAUCGUUUGGUGUAUAUCUAUGGUUCCAGAUUUGGCUGUGCUUCUAGGGCGUAGUUUAGGACAUUUCUCUGAGUAUCUCUUAGACCGUGUCUUAGGAAGAAUAUUUCCAUACUUCUGGAGAAAAUUUAUACUGCCUUUGACAAUCAUUUUCGGAUAUACAACUAAUCAAAGCUUUGGGAAUGAUCCAGAUUCAACAAACUUCGUUGAACUUGACGAGCUAGAUGCUAGGGUCGAGACCCCAACAAGUACACCUAACAAUAUUGAAGUGCCAAGUUCUCCUUUUGGGAAAAUUCAUACCAAAGCAAAUCAUUCAAAAAAGUCUGUUGGGCAUUCUGCAAGAGAGCAAGAAAUAGAGAUGCAAACUUUUGGAGACACAGUUGUAUUGGACAUCAUCGUUUGGUGUAUAUCUAUGGUUCCAGAUUUGGCUGUGCUUCUAGGGCGUAGUUUAGGACAUUUCUCUGAGUAUCUCUUAGACCGUGUCUUAGGAAGAAUAUUUCCAUACUUCUGGAGAAAAUUUAUACUGCCUUUGACAAUCAUUUUCGGAUAUACAACUAAUCAAAGCUUUGGGAAUGAUCCAGAUUCAACAAACUUCGUUGAACUUGACGAGCUAGAUGCUAGGGUCGAGACCCCAACAAGUACACCUAACAAUAUUGAAGUGCCAAGUUCUCCUUUUGGGAAAAUUCAUACCAAAGCAAAUCAUUCAAAAAAGUCUGUUGGGCAUUCUGCAAGAGAGCAAGAAAUAGAGAUGCAAACUUUUGGAGACACAGGUUCUCCGACUUUGAACGAUCAUACAAAGUAA